AUGAGUAAAAACCACUGUACUGCCUUAGCAAUACAUAAUUCUUAUUUAAACGACGAUGUUAUUAAUGCAUUUUUAGACAUCGUAAAAUUACAAACAUCAUUUAUUCCACAAAACGUAUUAUUUUAUCAAACACCACUUAUGUAUUCAGCCGUUGAGAACGUGGAUGAUUUUCAAAUUUUAUAUGAUGGUUCUAUUGGAAAUGAUGCUAUUGGGCAUUGGCUAUGUGUGUAUUAUCGUAAUGAAACUAAGUGCGUAGAAGUGUACGAUAGUCUAUACCAUACGCUUAAUGAUAAUUUAUUUGAGAUUUUGGAUAUUUUAUAUCCUUCAAAAUCCAAUGUUGUGUUUAAGUCUGUUAUAAAACAGCCAGAUGGGUAUUCAUGUGGAGUUUUUGCAAUUGCAUUUGCUACAUCACUAAUAUUUGGACGUAAUCCAUCGGAUGAAUGUUAUAUUAUCGAUUACAACAAUAUGAUAUGUAAAACCUGGACGUUACGUAACCAUUUCAAUAACAUAUUAAUCAGUACAUUAUUACAACCUUUCCCUACUCACCAUUCACAUGUAGCCCAGAGUACUGAUAUUUUAUCUUUAAAAAACAAAAAAAUAAAAAUAAUAAAAACAAAGACUGCAAUAGGGCGUAAAAAGCGUAAAAGUAUAAUUAAUAAAAAUAACAGAACUGCUAUGCAAGGUAAUAAAAAUAAUAUUGAAUGGAACAAUAAAGAAAAGUCUGCUUUUAAUUAUUCGCCAAUUGUAGAUUACAAAAAUAGUAGACACAUUAAAAUUGGACUCAUGGAUAAAUUGUGUAAUUUUUGUGAUGCUUUAAAAUGGUCUGCGGAAUCCCCAGGACUGUGCUGUUCGAACGGUAAAUUAAAUUACAAUCUAUUGAAGAUCCACCAGAACCGUUACGUAGUCUUAUUUUUGGUGAAAAUAUUACAAAAUCUAAAUCUUUUCUGA